AUGGGAGCAUUUUUAACCCUAUUUGAAGACAGUGAUAACCUAUUUCCUGCCUACGGAUUCGGUGCUCGAAUUCGUCCGGACAAUUUAGUCUCACACAACUUUCCUCUGAACGGCCAUCCGGAGAACCCCUUCUGCCAGGGUAUCGCUGGUGUCAUGGAGGCCUACCGUUAUGCCCUUCAAACAGUCACUCUCCACGGACCAACCAACUUCGCGCCAAUCAUCACUCAAGUCGCAAAUUUGGCUCAACAAACAGACGAUGGCUCCCAAUACUACAUCCUUCUUAUUCUCACUGAUGGUAUCAUCUGUGAUAUGCCUCAAACCAAAGCAGCUGUUGUAAAUGCAUCUCGAUUGCCGAUCAGUAUCAUUAUUGUUGGUAUUGGGGCCGCUGACUUUUCUGCAAUGGAAGAGCUAGACGGAGAUGAGAUUCGGCUCACGUCAAGAGGACGAAUCGCGGAGAGAGAUAUUGUUCAGUUUGUCCCAUUCGAUGAUUUUGUCAGCCUAACGUCAGUUAUGGAUACCAAGCGCCAGCUUGCAAGAGCAGUGUUAGCCGAAAUUCCCGAACAACUAAUCUCCUAUAUGCGCUCAAAGGGCUAUAAGCCCCGAAACCUAACUCGCAAACAGAGCCAUAAGAAGAGGACAGAACUAGCGAACAACAAUGCCGGCAGCGUGCAUGUCGGCAAUUCGCACACUCACUCCCGACACAUCCAACAACCCAUGGAUUCACCGUCUGCACCUCCAUUUGAUUUUUGA